UCCAUUGCCAUUACCUAACUAUGGUAUAGUACAAUUGUUAAAAGAGACCAAUAUGGCUACUUACAUGAAAGAUGUGCAGUGUGAUAGGUCAGGAUUUACAAGUGCUGAUGGAUGGAUUAAUGAUUGUACCCUGACAACUUCAAACAUACCAGUUCUGGACACCAAUACAAGCUGUCAUCUGCUGUCUCAGUGUACCAGUGCCACCUGUUGUUUAACUGUAGGAACUAUUAAUAGAACUGUUAGUAUUGACCUUGAACUUGAUCCCUGUGACCAGUCAAUGUCUAUCAGGAUUGAGAACUAUGUCCAUAACACCAGUCUGUAUGGUUUUGGAUUUGGUAGUUUACAGAAAUUUUAUUUGGAGAAUAUCUUGAGAGUAGAAUAUGUUUUGUAUGACCUAGAAAGUGACCAUCAGUACCUUGUUGAUAUGAAUGUUAGUGUUUGUUUUGAGUCUGCAGGACCAUGUGAACUGACCAGUACAAUGUUUCAUAAAACUUUCCUUCCCAAGAUGCCUUGCCAAUGGCAGACAGACUUUAUUCAAAAAGAUUUCUCUUUGGCUGCAUGGAGAAUAGAGAAUGAUAUAGGACCCACAGCCUUACUGUACCCUGUAGAUAUUGCCAGACUGAUAAAAGAGCUAGGCUUAGGAGAUUACCUCAUGGACUCACCCUGUUCUAGACUCAAUGGAUCAUAUGUACCACACUCUAGUAGAUGGAAUGAUCGAUGUGGAAAGGUUGUAAACAAGCCAGUCCUACCUACUAACACCCAUUGUUAUAUACCAGAAACCUGUACCUCCUUCAAAUGUUGUCAGGACAUAGAUGUUAUCAGUUCUACAUUCGAAAGCUCUAUUGAACUUGAUCCAUGUAAUUUCCUGCUGAGGAUUAGAAUUGAGAAGUUGACGUUCGAUGUGACUUUCUUUGAUUUUGCUUGGGGAGUAAACCAGUAUUUUGACCUCUAUGGAGUUCUGUUGGUGUCAUUCAACAUUGACAAUCUCUAUGAAGAUAGAAAGUAUCUUGUGAAUGUUAACUUGACCUUGACCUUUGAAGCAGGUGGACCUGAGACAUCACAUCAUGUGAUCUUCAAAAAUACAUUGUUUCCAAAACAGAGCUGUGAUUGGAGCUCAGACUUCCAUAUAUCAAAUUUCUCGUAUGAUAAAUGGGCCACAGACAGGGGACACAACCCAGAUGAGUCGCUGCCUUCAGACCUUCUGGCUAAGUUAUUAGAGGAGACAAAUUUACAGGGAUAUCUCAAGGAACCACAGUGUCAAUUGUCUACUAACUGGACUAAAGAUUGUGCCAUGAAUAUGACCCUUCCAACGUUGUCAUCUGACGUCAGUUGUCAUGUGACCAGUCUAUGUACUGGGAUACAGUGCUGUGUAGAUAAUGAGCUGCUAAACAGAACAUUAGAUUUCAGUAUUCUACUGGACCCAUGUGAAAAGAGACUCAGUAUCAGUAUAGAACAGACACGUUAUAACACAACAUUCAGUAAUAUUAAUUGGGGUGUAAACCAGUAUUUUAAUUUGCAAGGAAUGAUACGGAUUGAAUACAACAUUGAUGACUUGUAUUCUGAGAGAUUUUUCCUGGUAAAUGCCAGAGUCUUGUUCUGUUAUGAAGCCUCCCAGGCUUGUAGUGUUGCCUACACUAUACUGAACAAUACUAUGCUACCUAAAGUCAAUUGUAGCUGGAAUGAUGGCUUUCUUCAGUCUGGUUAG